UUUUGGCAUCUUUCUAAUAAUUUUUUGUGAAAUUAGGUGAUAUGCUGUCAUUGACUAUCUGGAUGCUCUUCGCUUUUCUCUACAGAUAAAAGGGAAAGAAAGCGAUGACGAAGAAAAGUUUUCCAAGAAAUCAAAACUUAGUAUUUACAUGCGGCCAUGUAAGAUCGCGAGGAAUCUUCUUUCUACCAAUCAAGGACUGAAGCUUCAGAUCCAUGUCUGCGAUUUUUCAGACGUGUCUCUGUCGCGCAGAUUUUGAGAGAGAUUCGGUUCAUGGUCGUGGUCUGGUUUUGACGAUUCAAAACCUUAUCUUUGAAUCGUCCUCGACCGAGCAAGUUUUCUUCGGUUCUUCGAACAGACGGGUCUCACUUGCCGGCUGGUCCGGAAAUUCAAUGAAAGAAGCAGAGCACCUACCGAUGGCGAAGCUUUGAUAUUUUCGUCCCUUCUCGUUCACCGCUUGCACCUUCUCUCUCUCUCAUUUAUAGGCUUCGCCUGCGAGGAAAAUUUUUAAUGGUUUCGAUCAUACCCCUUGCCUCUUCUUGGUAUUGCUCUUGCACAAGAGGAGCAUUGAAUCAAUUCUAAGACCAUGUUGACUUCCCCUUCUCCUCCACCUCCUCCACCUCCUCCACCUUCUCCUCCUCGCCGUCCUCCUCAAUGGAAAUACGAUGUGUUCGUGAGUUUCCGAGGCAAGGAUGUGAGGAGAAACUUCAUAUCGCACCUCUUCUCCGCUUUGAGGCAGGCCACGAUCCAGUACUUCAGUGACAACGCGAGAGAAGACAUUGGGGAAGAAAUCAGAUCCAAGCUUUUCAAAGCGAUUUGGCAUGCGAGGAUUGCCCUAAUCGUGUUCUCCAGGAACUACGCCAACUCGAAGUGGUGCAUGAACGAGCUGGUCGAGAUUCUAGAGUGCAGGAAGAGGUUCGGAAACCAUGGUCACCUAGUUGUUCCCAUCUUCCACGAGGUAAAAACCGCAGACGUUUCGAAUUUGACGAGCGAAAGUGAAUUCGCUCAAGGUUUUGAGAGAUUGUGUGGAGGCGAAAGAGAUGAAGUGCAGAAACAAAGAUGGACAAACGCCUUGAGAGAAACUAAGCAUUUGACAGGAUUCGACUUGAGGAACGAUGCCGGAGAGAAUGAAAGGAGACUCGUGGACAUAAUAGUAGAGUACCUUGUCGAGAAAAUCCGCGAGACACGGCAACUCUACUUUGCGAGAAACGCAAUUGGAGUGGACUUGUUGGUAGGCGAGGUGAUUUCUUUAAUUAGAAUGGACCAAGAGGAGGACGUGCGUGUCAUAGGUAUAUGUGGAGUAGGAGGAAUAGGCAAGACGAUGGCGGCAGCAGUCAUCUGCGAGCGCAUUUGUCGCGAUUUCGAAUGCUUUGUCUUUCUUGAUAAAAUCGGAGAAGCAGAUCGAGUUGAUAUAUUAGGCCUACAAAAGAAGCUGCUCCAUAAUCUCAUGAAGGUGGAAGGAUUGAGGACCUACGGCAACAUUCAGACCAACAUCAACGAGAUAAAUAGUAACAUGUGCUUUAAAAGGAUACUUCUUGUUCUUGACAAUGUUACUAGUAAAGAACAGAUUGACUACUUCUGGGCAGGAGACCGAGAACUGCUGUGUCCUGGGAGCAGAAUUCUGAUCACAACCCGAGACCAAAACUUGUUAAAAGAUCUCAAGGUAGACGACAAGUAUAUCGUCAAAGGAUUGGACCCGAAUGAAGCGCUCCGGCUCUUUUGUCGCCAUGCCUGGAAGAGAGAAGAACCUCAAGAAGGCUAUGAGGAGUUGUCCCGAAAUCUAGCUCAUUAUGCAGGAGGUCAUCCGGAGUCUCUUAAGAGGUUGGGCACAUUCCUAAACGGCAUGCCGAAACAACAAUGGCCUCACAUAAUGGAGAAGUUGGUUAGAAGCCCUUAUCUCGAUUCGCUCAUUCAUUCCUUCGAAUCAGCUGGGCCAUAUGGCGGUCAAGCCGGUGAUGCUUUUGAUGAUGGGACACACAAUGGGGUGAGGCAAAUUAGGCUGUAUGGACAAUCAAUUAUUGAAUCCAUCACCAUCGAUUAUGACCACGAUGGGUGUUUCGUGAGAUCCUCCCAGCAUGGUGGACAUGCCCAUGACAAUGAAACGCUGGUGAUAUUGGACCAUCCAAGGGAAUACCUGCUUUCUGUAUCAGGCCAUAUUGAUGAUGAUGGAGGUCAUGAUGUUGUUCGGUCUCUCAAGAUCCACAGCAAUAAGAAGACGUACGGACCAUUUGGCUCAGAAAGAGGACGGCCUUUUGAUCUCUCACAUUCUGAUAGACAGAUCAUCGGGUUUCAUGGAAAAUGUAGCAGCCAUCUCCACUCAAUCGGAGCCCAUUUCGGGCCAAUUUCUCAUGUGUAUUUAUAUGAUGUCGUGGGACCAUUUGGUGGUGAUAGUGGAAUGCACAUUUGGGACGACGGAAAACACACAGAUGUGAGGCAAAUCGUCGUAGGCUUCGAUUCGGCAAUUAAGUCUAUCUCUAUCUUAUAUGAUGAACGCGGACGUCCAGUUGGUCCGUUCACACAUGGCAAAAGUGGAGGAGGCAAAACAUAUACGAUUAAGCUCGACCAUCCAAUUGAGUACUUGACAUCCAUCUCGGGCUAUACUGAAGAAGUUUCCGGACUCACCAUUCUUCAGUCACUGACAAUCCAUACUAGCAGAAGGGAUCAUGGACCGAUCGGAACAGCCAAUAAAGGGAGGCAUUUUUCAUUUCCAUACACCGGUGGCAAAAUUGUUGGGUUUCAUGGGAGUUGCGAUGGCCCUCAUCUCGUGUCCAUCGGAGCUUUUUAUGAGCCGAUUCCUCAUACAUAUCCUGUUAAAGUUUUCGGGCCUUUUGGAGGCCAAGGCCAAAAAUCCUGGAAUUUCGUUGAUAUAAACGGGAUUGUUGUUCAUUGCGCAGACUUCAUCGAGUCCAUCGCUUUUAAGGUCGACGACGCCACCAGCUCCGAACCGGAAACUAUUUAUGGUGAAAAUGGCGGGCGUAGGACUUACAAGGUUAAACUGAGAAAUGGAGAGUACAUAACUUCUUUAGCUGGAUAUCUCAAAAAUGCAAAGGAUAGUGGCACUCUAAUAAACUCGCUCACAUUUCAAACCACCAGAAGAAUAUUGGGACCCAUUGGUAGAGAGGAAGGCGAGUACUUCUCCUUACCACUGGAAGCUGGGAAAGUUAUUAGCUUUUUCGGGACAAGUGGUGAUUUUCUUGAAUCUAUUGAAGCACACGUCGAGCUGUGCUCCAACAAGCUCUAUCCCUUUAAGUCUGUGGGGUUAUUUGGGAGUUCGGAUGCAUCUUUUUGGGAUGAUGGCAAUAAGCAUACCAAUGUAAGGAAAAUCGUUGUUGAAUUUCAAGCAGGUAUAGGGCCAUGGAUCCGAUCAAUCACGUUUCAGUAUGAAGAGGAGAGUAAAGAAUUGUGGCAAUCAGGGAUGCAUGGUGGCUUUGAUAAAAACUACUUCCACAUAGUACGGAACGUCGAGAUCCAUACGAUCAAAAUAGAUGAUCCAGAUGAGUAUUUGACUUCAAUAUCCGGGUGUUUUUCCGAUGAAGGCAUUAGGUCACUCACGUUUCAAACUAACAAAAAAACGAUUGGACCUAUUGGUGAUGAAAAUGGGGCAACACACUUCUCAUCUCCUGCAACGGGUGGCAAAAUUGUUGGAUUUUAUGGGAGGAGUAUAGUACAUCUUGAAGCAAUUGGAGCAUAUUUUGAACCGAUCUCACAUCUCUACCCAAUUAAAUCAAUUGGGCCAUUUGGAGGCCUUGGGGGACGUGCUUGGGACGAUGGGAAAUUCACCGGUGUAAGGGAAAUUGAGGUAAUGUACGACAAUAUUCUCCGUUACGUUAUGUUUGUGUACGACAAGAGCGGUGAACAAAUUUACUCAAUUAUGCACGGUGGCUACACUAGAGAAGACAAGGCCAAGGUCACCGGGGUUAGAUUGGAUUAUCCGCAGGAGUACUUGACAUCGAUCUCUGGAUACAAGCAAGAGGAUGGUCACAACGACAUCGAAAACGCUAUUGUUCAAUCACUUACAUUUCAUAGCAAUACAAGAACACACGGUCCCUUUGGCGAGGAGAAGGGGAAGUACUUUUGGUAUCCACAGACCCGAAGCAAAAUCAUCGGCUUUUAUGGAAGAUGCGGGGAGACUCUCAAUUCCAUAGGAGUGUAUGCGGAGCCCAUAUCACACAUGUAUCCUUUCAAAACCAUUGGACCCUUUGGAGGCUCUGGUGGCACUCCAUGGGACGACGGAGUGCAUACUGAUGUGAGGGAGAUUAAUAUUCAUUUCGCCGGCCACGGAGCCUGCAGCAUAGGGAUUGUGUACGAUAACAAUGGUUCCUUAGUCCAAUGCUCUCGUCAUGGCAGAGAAACCUCAUCCAUCGAGCAGUUGUUCUCGGCUUCAUGUAGCACGAUCAAGCUGGAUUAUCCUAAGGAGCGUCUGGUUUCAAUAUCCGGCUUGAUUAACAGAAAUGGAAACAGUCCUAACACUAUCAUCUAUAACCUGAGAAUACGUACCACGGAGACCACUUACAAGCUACGUACCAUGGAGACCACUUACAAGCUAUUUCGGAGGAAAGAAGGGUCAAAGGAUGAGAAUUUUUGCAUCCCACCAAAACCAGGCAAAGGUAGGAUCGUUGGCUUUUUCGGAAGGGUGGGAUGGCAUCUUAAUUCUAUUGGAGCGCGUCUGGAACCAUAUUAG